AUGAAAAGAAAGGCAACAAGCAAGCCGAUGCAAGAAAUUAUGGCAAAAAUAGUUGAAUUCUAUGCGGAUUGGCUUGAGUUUGUUGUAUUCCCUGAAGAGGUAAUAUUGAAUGAACCAGUUGAACGAUGGCCGCUGUGUGAUUGUUUGAUCAGUUUUCAUGCAACUGAUUUUCCUUUGCAUAAAGCUAUUGAAUAUGAACGUUUAAGGCACCCCUACGUUAUCAAUGACUUACAUAGACAAUAUGAUCUGUUAGAUCGACGCAAAGUUUUUAGAGCUUUGGCCCGCGCAGGUAUUGAGCAUCCUCGACAUGGCGUUCUCUUACGUGAUAAGGAAGGAAAAGAAUUUAGCGAUCAUAUCGAGGUCAAUGGAAUGAUGUUCAAUAAGCCGUUUGUAGAAAAGCCAUUAUCUGCUGAGGAUCAUAAUGUAUACAUCUAUUAUCCAAGUUCUGUUGGUGGUGGUUCGCAACGUUUGUUUAGAAAGAUAAACAAUCGCAGUAGUUGGUAUUCUCCGGUAAGCACAGUUCGUCGGGAAGGUUCUUACAUUUACGAAGAUUUCAUACCAGCAGAUGGCACUGAUGUUAAGGUUUAUGCCGUGGGUCCUUAUUAUGCUCAUGCAGAAGCUAGGAAAGCACCUGGUUUGGAUGGAAAAGUUGAACGUGAUUCACAUGGAAAAGAAGUUCGUUAUCCAGUUAUUUUGAGCAGCAGGGAAAAGUUGAUCGCAAGAAAAGUAGUUAUGGCGUUUGGGCAAACUGUUUGUGGCUUCGACUUGCUGCGUGCAAAUGGCAAAUCUUUCGUGUGUGAUGUUAAUGGAUUCUCAUUUGUCAAAACUUCAACGAAGUAUUAUGAGGACACGGCUAAAAUUUUAGGGAAUACUAUAUUACGGCGGUUAGCAUCAACAAUGAGUAUACCAUGGCAAAUUCCAUAUCAGGAUGAUGAUCCACCCCUAGUUUCAACACCGAGUGGAAAAAUAAUGGAGUUACGGUGUGUCAUUGCCAUUAUUAGACAUGGUGAUCGGACUCCAAAACAGAAAAUGAAGAUUGUUGUAACUGAUCAACGAUUUUUCGAUUUAUUCAAAAAGUAUAAUGAAUUCAAUAAAAAUGAAAUCAAAAUGAAACGUCCGAACCAGCUUAUGGAAGUACUAGAACUUGCUCGCGAAAUUCUUCAUGAGCAGCAAGUGCGUCGUAAUGAGUCAUUAAAAGAAAUGGAAUCUUGUGAAGAUAGUGAUGGCAGUUCCUCUAAACUUGAAAGAGAUUUGGAACAGUGUGAAGAAGCAAUCAAAAAAUGGGAUCAAGUACGUACUGUUCUUGAGAUGUAUGGUCAUUUUUCGGGUAUCAAUAGGAAAGUGCAAUUGAAGUAUUUGAAACCACGUGAUGAUGAAGAAGUUCAUCAGCAAUCAGCACUUAUGCUUAUUCUGAAAUGGGGUGGAGAAUUGACUACUGCAGGGAAUUUACAGGCAGAAGCGCUUGGAAAGCUAUUUAGAACUUUGUAUCCUGGAAUUCGGAGAACUGAUGGUAAAAGCUGUCCAGAAGAUACGCAGGGUCUCUUGGCAUUGGAGGGUGAACUUACACCAAUUUUAAUGCAAAUGGUUAAAUCAGCAAAUACUAAUGGACUAUUGGACGAUGACGUUAACGCACGAGACUUUCAACAAGAAUUAAAAUGCUACCUUCAUUCAGCACUACAAGUAGAUCGUGAUUGGACUACAGAAGAUCACGAAAAUUUGAAUCCGUCAGGUAUUCGUGCCUUAACAAAUGCUAUGGAAUUUAUCAAAAAUCCUCGGAAAAUGUGCGAAGAAAUUGCAAGUUACGUGCAACAGAUGGUGGAAAUAAUUAAGUGGCAUAAAUGCAACAAAUCAAAUCGGUCCUUGUAUUUGAAUGAAUCAUGGGACUUGGCAGAACGACGUUGGGCUAAAGAAUUGCAUGAAUUCCGUCGAGUUAAUAAAACUGGUGACGUGGAGUUCGAUAUUUCCAAAAUUCCGGAUAUUUAUGAUAAUAUCAAAUAUGACAUGGAGCAUAAUCCGGAAUUAUGUAUUAAUAAUGAAGGCCAAUUUGAAAGAAUGUACUUGUGUGCAAAAAAUAUGGCGGAUAUCGUCGUUCCACAGGAAUAUGGAAUUAGUGAGAAUAGUAAAGUAAUCAUCGGGCAGCAUGUUUGCACUCCACUACUGAAAAAAAUAAAAAGUGAUCUUCAUCAUUGUAUCGAAAAUCCGAACGAAGAUGACACACAAACUCGUCUGGAUCCAAGAGCAUCCCAAGGAAUAGCCACCCCACUUCGACAUGUUCGCACUCGCCUUUAUUUUACGAGCGAAUCACAUAUACAUACUAUAAUGAAUUUGAUAAAAUAUGGCGGUCUAUGCAAGGUAGAUGAUAAGAAGUGGCAACGCGCUAUGCACUUCCUGUCAUCAGUUACUGAAUAUAAUUAUAUGACACAAGUGGUUUUGAUGAUAUAUGAAGACAGUCGAACAGCAAGUACAAAGCAAGGCACUGAUCGCUUUCAUAUCGAACUAUUGUUUUCACCGGGCCUUUAUCCUUGCUUUUUAACUGAAAAGGAACGUAUCUAUGAAACACGCUUUCCAAACUCCAAUAGUAAGCAAUCGUCAGGACCAACAGGAACAAAAUCGAAGCUUUCCUCUCGAAAUUGUGCAACCUCAACUGCAUCGUUAUCAUCGAUGGGGAUUGCUGGCGGUGAAAAAGGCAUAAUCGACUCCGGGAAUUCGGCAUUUCCAGGAACUCUAACCAACAGUGGCAUGGAUGGAAGCCAUUCAGAAAGUAGCUCAUCCAGCAGUCUCAAUAACCUUACUGUUGGCAAAGCCUCUGCGCAAGCUUUAGUACUGACCAAAAAACGUCUAGAAUUGAACGAUUCAGAAGAUGAUUUAAAUGAUGAAAGUGUUAAUUUGGUUGCACUUGAUGAAGUCGCUUCCGGUCAAUACACAACGGAUGAAUUAGCUCGACACAGUCCUGGAAGUGUACAUCAUGGUAGGCGGCAUAUGGCAGCAAACAAUGAGACUAGAGGAGACUCCCGAAGUUUCGCGGGAAGCUGCUCGUCAAUAAGCGAUCUGGAUGCAGAGACAUCGGUUCGUGGUACCGCUUCAACAGAAAACCAUCUUAUUGGUUUGAUGAAAUCGAUGAGCGACAUUUCCUGCACGAAAUCAACGGUAGAGAUCAACUGGGAUUUUGUGAGUCCGGAUGAUCUCGAAUCUGCGACUUCUGAAGUGAAUAUUGAUCUGAGAAAUGGGCACAACUCUCCUGGUGCAUAGUUGGAUAACCGUCUAAUUAGUACAGAUGUACUUUUUGGUAAAUCGAACGAUUCAGCACGACGAAGAUUAUCCAAUAGUCCUGCAGUUCUAUCUACUGCAGUAAUCGCACGAUCAUCAAGUGCCCCGCGGUUACAAACUUACAAAGCAGAAGAUGAGAUAUCUGUGGGAGUUAAGUAAAUUCGCCGUUUCUGGCCUCCACUUCGAUCAUUGGAAACAUUACAUGACAAUAUACGUUUUAGUCAAUUGGAUCGUUUCCUUGAGCGAUUAAUGAAAAUUCGAACACCGAUACCUUCUCCACCAAAAACACCAACCUGUUCGAAUCAAAAGAUAUCGGCAGUUACAGCUGAGCUGUCCGAUACAGCAAAAAAAUUGGAACGAAUAGGUCACUGA